AUGACCAUUAACAUUUCAUCUUUAUUGCAAGGAGGUUAUCAAAAAUGUUAAUGUUCCUCAUUAUUUGUUUUCUUUUGUGUCUGUACAUUUUUAUUACUAUAAAGUUAUAUCCUGGUAAUGUUCCCGUAUAUCCAGGGAAGUGGCCUUUAUUAGGUCACUUAAAUCUAUUUUCUGGAAAUGGUGAAGAAGUAUGGAAAACAAUCAAGACGGUAAAUCGAUACACAACAGAGAACGGUAACGUGACUGUGAUUUAUUUUGGAUUGAUUCCUUUAUACGUUAUUACCGAUCCAGAUGAUUGCAACACUGUGCUUAGUACAUGCAUGCACAAGCCUGGUUUCAUGAAAAAAUUCGUGAAGCAAUUUCUUGGCAACGGCCUUCUUUUUGGACCAGUAUCUGUAUGGAAGGAGCACAGAAAAAUCGUGAAUCCAACAUUCAAUCAGCAUGUCCUCGACAGCUUUAUGGGUAUUUUUAACAAUCAGAGUCGUCGGUUAGUUCAGGAGUGGAAGGAACGGGUCGGCUGCGGUCCGUUCGAUCAGCUGUUUAGUUUAGAAAAAAAUACGUUGGAAACGAUUUGUUGGACAACAGCUGGCAUCGAUAUUACAGGUGAAAGCGAUUUCAACGAGGACUGCUUAAAAGCAUUUCGUUGCGUAAUUAUCAACCUUUGCAGCCGAGUUAAACAACCGUGGUUCCUGAGUGACUGGUUGUAUGAGAAAUCAAUUAUAAAGAAGGACGAAGACUAUCACGUGGGGAUAACCCAUGAAUUAACUGAUUUGGUUUUAAGGAAAAGAAGAGCAGAGCCCAGUGAAUACAGUAAUAAAUCAGAUACUAAAUUUAAACCAUUCUUGCAUCGCCUAUUGGACUUCGAUAAUGUGCUUUUAAAGGAAAAAGACAUCAAGGAUGAAAUGAACAAUAUUAUUCUCACUGGAUUUGAGACAAGUUCUUCAAUUCUGACCUUCACCUUAGUGUUGCUUGGUACUUAUCCUGAAAUUCAAGAGAAGUGUUACCAGGAGAUCCAAAAGAUUUUUGACCAAGACAGGGAUGUGUUAAAGGAAGACCUAUCAGGACUAACGUACCUCGAAGCCGUGUUGAAAGAGACAAUCCGAUAUUGUACUGUAGCACCACUAACUGCGCGUGUCAUAACUGAUGAUAUACAACUGAAAAAUACAGUGCUCCGAAAGGGCCACUUGUGUAUUAUAUCUUUAUAUGGAGUACUUCACCAUCCCAUGUGGGGUCCAGAUGUUGAAGAGUAUCACCCUGAGAGAUGGCUAGAUCCCACUCGACUUCCGAAAAAUCCCAACGUCUUUGGAGCUUUUGGAUACGGGAGACGAAAUUGUAUAGGUAAGGCCUACGCUUUUAUGACCAUGAAAGUUACUCUGGCACAUAUUCUACGCCAUUUUAAAAUAAGUGGUAAUUACAAGAACAUGGUAAUUAAGAAUCAUGGAAUUAAUAAGCCCAGUAAUGGUCAUGAGAUAUACAUAGAACUUAGAAAUAAAUAAUAGUUUAUG